AUUGGCAAAUUUCACCUAACUGGAAGAGAAUUGAGAAGUGGAGGAUUGGAAGUUCCAUCAAUUUAAAGUUUGAAUAUGGUCCAUCCAAAAUCUGGAAUUCGCUGAAUUCCUUAGCUCGAAGGAAUUAAACAAAAUUCCACUACUCAAUUCCUUUGUCCAGAAAACCUGUUAGUUGAUUAUAAUAUUUUGCGUUGUGUUAAUUUGAAUUAAAUAUCAAAGUUGUAGUGUUAUUCUUAUCCAAAAAUAGUUAUGUCAAAAUUCACGUACCUGUCGAUUCAGAUGUGCAAACCAACAACUUACGCAUAUAUUGCAUGGAAAUUCAUGUGAAUUAAUUUUGUAGCGAAUUACUUGCAGGGUUGUUUUCCUUUAUUUUUCCCCGGUUUCUGAACAAGAGAAGGCCAAAAAAUAAAGGGUGAGGGCUGUUACAAAAAAACAAAACUAGAGGAGCAGAAAAAAAGAGGUGGCAGUUUGUGAGUUAGUUUGAUUGAGGACCAGGCCAAUAUUCUGUUUGUUCAGUUUUUUUUUCCCCAAGCUCCCGUUUGGGAUAUUUGUCUUAUUUAAAUACGUAGCUUCCCAAACACCAACAAACAUCAAUCAUCCCCUCCAUUGCGAAGGAAAGAGGAAACCAGGGGAAGAAAAGCAGAAGAGGGGAAAGCUAGAGGAGGAGAAGAAGAAGAAAAUGUCGAGGAAGGUGGCGGAGAAGGAGUACCAACAAGUGGUUGUGGCUGUGGACAAAGAUAAAGGAAGCCAGCAUGCUCUGAAAUGGGCAACCGAUCAUCUCCUCAGCAAAGGCCAUACCAUUGUUCUCCUUCACGUCAAACACCGACCGUCUUCUUCUUCUUCAUCGUCUUCCUCUUCUGCCUCUUCUUCUGGUCCUGCUGCUCUCGACGACGAUAAUAGAGUCCCGAUUGAUGGCCAAGCCAGAGAGCUUUUGCUUCCUUUCCGCUGCUUCUGCACCCGUAAAGAUCUAAAAUGCAAUGAAGUUGUUGUGGAGGAUUAUGACAUAGCCAAAGCAAUCGUCGACUACGUGAAUGCGAAUUCCGUUGAUGUCGUGGUGCUAGGCAGCCCUUCACGAGGUGGCCUCGUUAGAAAGUUCAGGGUGACAGAUGUUCCAAGCAAUGUCUCGAAAUUGGCACCAGAUUUCUGUACCGUUUAUGUUAUUGGCAAAGGAAAGAUUUCAUCAGUGAAAGCCGCUACCGCACCUGUCCCUGCACCGCCUAGACCUGUUGCUGCUGCUGCUGCUGCAGCCUCUCCAGGCCCAGGUUUCUCAAUUCCUGAUCCUGCUUCCAGGGGUUACCAAAGAGGUUUGCGAGAGGAAGCCAACCCAUUUCUUCUUUAUUUAUUUUUCCCAUGUGUCUACGCAAGGUCGCCGUUUGCAAGAGGAAGAGCUUCAAUAGCAAAACUAGCCGAAUCACCAAUGCCGGAUUCCGACAUCUCUUUCGUCAGCAGUGGAAGGCCGAGCCUCGACUACCACUUUGCAUCCAUGAGCGACGGGGAUGCUCCAAGGCUCUCGACUGGCUCGGAUUUCGACACCAGAAGCACCGGAUCCUCCUACUCAGGAAAUCGGUCCCUCGACCUUUCAUUCCAGGAAGACAUGGAAGCCGAGAUGAGAAGGCUGAGACAAGAGCUGAAGCAAACGAUGGAGAUGUACAGCUCAGCUUGCAAGGAAGCUCUCUCGGCGAAACAACAAGCCAGGGAGCUUCAUCGGUGGAGAAUGGAGGAAGAGCAGAGGCUCGAAGAGGCGAGAAUGAGCGAAGAACAGGCACUGGCUCUCGUCGAGAAGGAAAAGGCCAAAUGCAAAGCAGCACUCGAGGCAGCCGAAGCUGCCGAGAAGAUCGCCCAAUUCGAAGCACAGAAGAGACGAGCCGCAGAAUUGAGAGCCAUACAAGAUGCCGAGGAGAGAAAGAAAGCCGGCAAUGGACUGUCCCAUGGCGGCGGCGCUGAUAUUCGGUACAGGAGAUACGAAAUCGAAGAGAUCGAGUCUGCAACGAAGGACUUCGCAAACAAUUUGAAAAUCGGAGAAGGCGGGUAUGGCCCCGUGUACAGAGCGCAUCUCGAUCACACACCCGUCGCGAUCAAAGUCCUGCGUCCCGACGCAGCUCAGGGAAGGUCUCAGUUCCAACAGGAGGUGGAAGUUUUGUGCUGCAUUCGCCAUCCAAACAUGGUGCUUCUCCUUGGAGCGUGCCCCGAAUACGGCUGCUUGGUCUAUGAGUACAUGGCCAACGGUAGCUUGGAAGACAGGCUUUUCAGAAGAGGGAACACCCCGCCUCUUUCGUGGCAACUAAGGUUCCGAAUCGCAGCAGAAAUCGCCACAGGCCUACUGUUCCUCCACCAGACCAAGCCCGAACCGCUAGUCCAUCGCGAUCUCAAGCCCGGUAACAUCUUGCUGGAUAGGAACUUCGUCAGCAAGAUCAGUGACGUAGGUCUGGCUAGGCUCGUCCCUCCGUCGGUCGCUGACUCGGUGACCCAAUACCGGAUGACAUCCACGGCCGGAACGUUCUGCUACAUCGACCCGGAGUAUCAGCAGACGGGAAUGCUGGGGGUGAAAUCGGAUAUUUAUUCGCUAGGCGUAAUGCUGCUCCAGAUCAUUACUGCCAAGCCGCCGAUGGGGCUAACCCACCACGUCCAAAGGGCGAUCGACAAGGGAACGUUUGAAGACAUGCUUGACCCUACCGUGCCAGACUGGCCUGUGGAGGAGGCAUUGAGGUUUGCCAGGCUGGCCCUUCAGUGUGCCGAAUUGAGAAGGAAAGACAGGCCGGAUUUGGGGAACGAGGUGUUGCCGGAGCUGAACAGGUUGAGAAUGUUGGCCGAUGAUGUGUCUCCUGCUGGCGGGUUCAGCUAUGGUGGGAGCACAGGGAGCUCGCCUUUGAAUAGUCAGAGUAGUCAGGAUGUGUUCAGUGAUCUUCAGUCUGGUUAUGAUAGCUCCAGAAGCCGGUCUAGUACCUCUUCCUACGGCGGCAGAAGAUGAUGAUGAUGGUGAUCAGACUUUCCAACGACAAUGGAGGAGCUGGAAUAUAUUGUAGUUUGUUCUGACGACACUGGAUUAUGUACUGGGGAAGUAUAGUUUGGUUCAUGAACUUUAUGUUCCAAAAUGUACCGCCUAUAAACGUGUAUAUAAGCCAUGUUUCAUGGAUGAAUACAAUGAUUGAUAUUUCUUCCUAGUAACUAUAUACGAUCAUGCU